GAUAGACGAACCGUGCUAUAGAGUGGAAGAAACAAAAUUUGAUAUAUAAAAGAAAAAAGAAAAUACACACAAACAACAAAAAACUAAAUUAAAGAAAAAGAAUGUCUUUGAAAAAUUGCUUGGUUGGCCUUUGCCUUUGGCUGGCAGCCCUUCAGAUAGUUUGUGCCGAUAUUGAAACCAAUGAAGUGAAUGAAUAUGGUCGUCCCGAAUAUUACAUGCUACAGGGUGUCCGUGUCUAUCCCAACAAUCGUGAGUGCGUUUUGGUGGGAGGACUUUGUGUACGAACAAGCGAAUGCACAGAGCUCACAAGCAAAAAAGGUCUAUGUCCCGACUAUGCCCAUUUGGGUGUGGAAUGUUGCUAUGAACUUAAACCCCAACAACCUAUCCUCCUUCUCUAAGUCAUGAUUUCGACUCAUUCCCAAAAGACAGAAAGAAACCAAAUCGAAAAAUGUUUUAAUCUCAAUCCUCUAUUCAAUUGGUAUUACUUGCACAUUUUUGCUUACUACUAAUACUCACCUGUGUUUUGUACCCAACCUCUAUCCAAUCCAAUCCAUUAUAUGUCCUAUUUCAGUGCCAAUAAAACCAGCUCCGUGCACUGAACAUUUGGGUGUUUGUAUGAACAGAUGCC